UUUUACAGUAAUCAGCGGUAAAAGCACAGAUUGCAACGACGUCAAGAAGAGAAUGGAAAGGAAGCGGAAGAGGAAGCAGCUGGUGCAGGGCGCUGAAGAACCAAAGCCGAAGCCGGUUCGUUCCGGCCCGACCCGAACCGGAACUGUGAAAGAUCCGUUCCCAUCCCACGCUCGACCCACCCCGCAAGAAUGCGAAGCCGUACGAGACACUCUCUUAGCCCUACACGGCAUUCCCCCGGAACUCGCAAAGUACCGCGACGCGGUCCAGUCGGAGUCACCCGAACCUGUUCUCGACGGUUUGGUCCGAACUGUCCUCUCGCAGAACACCACUGAGACCAAUUCCCAAAAGGCCUUCGCUUCUCUCAAAACCUCUUUCCCCACUUGGGAACAUGUUUUCGGUGCUGAGUCCAAGGACUUGGAGAAUGCCAUUCGAUGCGGAGGUCUGGCCCCGACCAAGGCUUCAUGCAUUAAGAACGUGCUGCGUUGUUUGCGCGAGAGAAAAGGUCAAUUUUGUUUGGAGUAUCUGCGGGAUUUGUCCGUCGAUGAAGUUAAGGCUGAGCUGUCCCUUUUCAAAGGAAUUGGUCCCAAAACAGUGGCUUGUGUGUUGAUGUUCAAUCUUCAGCAAGAUGAUUUUCCAGUGGACACUCACAUAUUUGAGAUUGCAAAAACCAUGGGUUGGGUACCAGCUGUUGCAGACAGAAAUAAGUCGUAUCUUCAUCUAAACCAACGGAUACCAAAUGAACUUAAGUUUGACCUAAAUUGCCUUAUGUAUACGCACGGAAAGCUUUGCCGCAAAUGCUCCAGUAAAAAGGGUAACCAGCAAGGAGGAAAAGGUAAUGAUGAGUCCUGCCCUUUAUUGAAUUAUUGUAAAGAGUAAGAUUGAACUUUGAGUGGGGCAAACAAGUUAUUUUCCAUAAUUGAUUCUCAAACUAAAAGAAUUCAAUAUGGGCUUCGCACUCUAAUCUUGUUACUAUUAGAAUACUAGGUAGUUUUGACUUAGGCUGUUAGAGAGAGGAACAAUUUUUAUGACAUGAAAAAAUGGCCAA